AUGUCGGUGUUCGCCAGGAUGGCCGAGGAGGAUGUGCCCGCGGCGAGCGUGGGUAGCGAGCGGUCGUUCUCGCUGUCACUGAGCCAGGCGCUGCUGACGGCUGACAAGCCGCUUCUGGAGAAGCUGCUGCAGACUAACGACACGAAGGCCAUUGAAGACACGGUUUCGGACCUGCCGACGCCGCUGGCGCUAUCGCUGCUGGAGUUCAUCUGCUCCAACAUGUUCAAAGCGCCCAACCAGCUAUACACCCGCGAGGGAUGGAUAAACACGAUCCUGCGGCACAACAGCGCCUUCUUCUCGCAAAACUCACGCGGGCGUGCGUCGCUGGUCAAGCUGAACAGGCACGUGAGGAAGCGCCUGUCGGCCAACCAGGCGCUGCUGCGGCUGAAGGGCAAGGUGGACACUGUCGUCUACAUGUCCUCUAUCGCAUUCCGCAAGCGGCAGCGCGAGGCCACAGAACGCCAGAACGCGUCCGAGCCCCUGCUGACAUACGAGGAAUGA